AAGCAAGGGCUCGCCUAAAGGACGUGGACGUUGGAUUAGGAGCAGAAGAAGUCCUAAAGGAACUCCAGACUAGCCCCAAGAGCAGUGUAGGUGAGCUCAGUGUGUUGGCAUUUAGAAAGGACUGCAUGGACUGUUUGACCAAUAUUGUCAAGAAAAUGCAAGACAAGAGCCCACUAAAGUACACCAUUGUGAGGCAAAUGGCAUGUUUGGACCCAACGAACAUGUUCUCAGACCCCGACUUGUGCUCUGAAAGAAUGAAAGGAGUUGUUCAGAGGUUUCUGCAUGAUCACCAGCUGUCAGGAGGCGUCUCUGCUGCAGGUGAUGUGAUUGUCCAACAAUUUGGAAAUUUCUUGUCUCUGGAGGCGAAAGAUGAAUCAUUCUCCUCUUUCCAACCCAUGCGUACAAGACUGGACGUUUUCUUGCAUGGACACCUCCAUCAAUCCUACCCUGAACUCUGGACUUUCUGCAGGAAACUUCUGCUUCUUUCCCAUGGCCAAGCAACAGUUGAGAGGGGCUUUUCUGUAAAUAAGGAGGUAGAGGCUGAUAACAUGAAGGAGGACACAGUGGUUGCUCAGAGGAUGAUAUGUGACUACGUUUCUGUCUGUGGGGGGGUUCUCAAAGUACCUCUGACUAAGGAGCUUUUGGCAGCUGCAGCGUCAGCUAGGUCUCAAUAUUGGCUACAUCUGGACCAGGAAAAGAGAAAGCAUGCGAGCAAUGCUCAAAGAGAAAAGAGAAAAGGUGCAGAAGACCACAUUGAGCAGCUCAAAAAGAAGAAGACAAUACUGAUUGAGGUAGCAAACAGCCUAGAAAAAGAUGCAGACAAACUAGCAGAGCAAGCUGAGGGUAAAUCAGGCACGUGCAUGGCCCAGCUAAUCACCAAGUCAAACAUACUCAGAAAAAGAUACAAAGAAAAACUCACAGAACUCAAAGAGGUUGAGAAAGAGCUGGAAGAUAAAUCAGCAGAACUCAGGCAUAUGCCAUAAUGUCAAAUCAGGCAUUGUCUCCCUCCUCUUUACCUUCCCGCCUCUCUGUUUCAAGUGUUCAUAUGUUCAUUUGUGCACAUGCACAUUGUUAUAAAUGGUACACUCUUUAGGGAAGGCUUUCCCAAGUGCCAAGUUGUCUAAUAUUAUUAUUAUUUUAUCUUUUAAUUUUGGUUGAUUCAAAAGUUGUCACACAAGUUGUGUUAUGUAAAUGUCUGCACUUUGAAAGCAGCUGAAAUUGUAAUUUAUUUGUUUGUUUUUGUUCUGAAGGAACAGUAUUUUAUAUAUUUACUUCAUUUUAUAAGCAUUUGUUCAUGGGACCUAAAUGUUCUGAAAAUAUUGUAAUAAAUAUAGGACUGUAAUGACAUGUUUGUUGUCUUUUCGCAUUACACACAUUUAGCUGAUGUUCUUAAACUCAACCGUCAUUUUGAUUUGUAUUUCCAUCGUACGUUUGGUCUUAAAUUUAAUUUAGAAGUGGUAUUAAAAGGUCUUAAAAAGUAUUAAAUUUAACUUGUUUAUACUUGUAGACACC